AUGAUUCUUUCAUUUUCUAUGUCAAUGGGAGGUAAAUGUGGUCCAAAUGAACAUUUUGAAGUCUGCGGUCCAGAUUGUGGAGAUUUAACAUGCGAAAUUCCGACUUAUGAUUUAAAAUCAUGCUCAACUAAUUGUUCAUCUCAAUGUUUCUGUAACGGAGGUUUUGUCAGAAACAGUGAAAAUGUUUGUAUACCUAAAGAUGACUGUCGAAGAGUUCCUUGUGGUCCCAAUGAAAUACGUUUUUGGUAUGGUCCUGAUAGGUGUGAAGCAACAUGUCAACAACCUGCUCCAUCUAUUUGUUUCACAAAGGAUAUCUUGAUUAAAUGUAUUUGUGAAGAAGGAUUUAUAAGAGAUAAUGAAUUUCAAAGAAAUUGUAUUCCUAUAGACUCGUGUUCCUCAGAAACAUGUGAAGGAGAAAAUGAAUUUUACAACACAUGUGGAUCAGCUUGUGGUGAUCUUACUUGCAAUAAUUAUAAUAAUCACUCGAUAUGUGAUAGAGAAAAAUGUACAUCAGGUGGUUACUGUAUUAGCGACUACGUAAGAAAUGAUCAGAAUGUUUGUGUGCCAAGAGACAAAUGCCCAAUCAUAUGUGGUCCUAAUGAAGAAUUACUUCCCAAUGCACCAGCUGAUAAGUGUGAACCGACGUGUCAACAAAUUAAUGUACCUCAAUGUUUAGACUCAUCAGUUAUUGAUAAAUGUGUGUGCAAAGAAGGAUUUGUUAGAGCUACCAAGUUUGACAGGAAUUGUGUUCCUAUAAGUUUAUGUCCAUUGAUUUGUAAGGAUAAUGAGAUUUUUACACGAUGUGGCUCAAGUUGCGGCGAUCUAACAUGCGAUGUACCAAAUCAAAGUGAAAUGUCUUGCAAUGAAACUUGUGUCGAAGGAUGCUUCUGUAGUCCAGGAUAUGUUAGAGAUUCAGAUGGAAAAUGCAUUCAAUGCCAAGAUUGUAAAACUGGUCCAUGUUCUUGCGGGGAAAAUGAACAUUUUAUAUCUUGUGGCACUAUAUGUUCUGAUUCCUGCGACCUUCAUGGUUUACCAAGAACUUGCAUAGACACCUGUGUGAAUAAAUGUUUUUGUAAAGAAGGAUUUUCAAGGGAUCGCAAUGGCAACUGCAUUCCUGAACAUGAGUGUCCGAAUUAUUUUCUUGAUAAAGCAUGUGGUAGUAAUGAAGAAUUACUUCUCGUUGGACCAGCUGAUGAAUGUGAACCAACAUGUCAAAAACUUAUUGUUACUGAAUGUUCCAAUUCCGGUGUUAUGAAUAAAUGCGUGUGCAAAGAAGGAUUUGUUAGAGAUAAUAACUUUGAUAGAAAUUGUGUUCCCAUAGACACAUGUCCAUCGACUUGUAAGGCUUUCGAAACAUUCACCGAAUCUGGGUCUGGUUGUGGUGAUUUAACUUGUGAAAUUACAACUUUAGAAAGAUCACCUUGUCUUAAAUACAAACAGAAAGGAUGCUUGUGUAAUGCAGGCUAUUUUAGAAAUUCAGACGGGAUAUGCACUCCUUGCAGUGAAUGCAAAAAUGGAAGAUGUUCUUGUGGACGAAAUGAAAUUUACACUUUAUGUGGCAGUGCUUGUCCUAAAACAUGUGAAACACUUGGAAAGAAAAAUAAUUGCACAGAGCAAUGCAUUGAAGGAUGUUUCUGUGACAAAGGAUUUGUCAGAGGUCCGUAUGGAAAUUGCAUAAGAAAGAGGAAAUGUCCGCAAAUUGAAUGCGGUCAAAAUGAACAUUACGAAAGAUGUGGUAGAUAUUUAGAUGAUUUGAAAUGCGAAGAGAGACAAUCCAUUAAUAUUAAAAUUUCUCCACCACGAAAAUGCAAUCCAAAAUGCUAUUGUGAUGAAGGUUUUUACAGGAAUGAUGAAGGAGUUUGUAUUCCCUGGAGUGAAUGUCCAAACGCUUGUGGACCAAAUCAAGAACUUUAUUUUCCAUAUACUCCGUGCGAAGGAACAUGUUUAGAACCAUUUAGAACUGAUUGCGAUAAAAUUGGUUCUACAGAUAAAUGUGUUUGCAUAGAAGGAUAUGUCAGAGACAACCAUGUCGAUAAAAAUUGUAUCCCUUUGUCUUUUUGUCCACAGAGAAAGGGGGCUAGCCUUUUAAAUUUCGAACUAUUUGGCAAGCUUCCAUAUUUUCAGGAAAUCAUUAGCUCUAAUAACCUCCAACACGUAGUUGAAUUAUUUGAAAAUGCAAAAUUAGUGACUAUGAAUAGGUCAGAAAAAACUCCUAUUAAUAUAUUCGUACCCAAACCUAAUGAUACAUUGCAUAAUUUAUCGUAUUAUGUGUCGAACUAUAAUGCAACGUAUAAUGUAUCAAAAGCGUAUUUUGAUGAAUUAACAUCUGAAUUUAAACCUUUUUAA